AUGCAGCAGCUGCCUCAACUAUCGGAAACACUAACCGAGGCUACUGGCAACGUAAAGGUGCAUCAGCCACCCCCAGUGAUAGAACUUCCUUCAGUCAUAUAUGGUCCUGACGCACAACGUGCCAUCGUGUCUCUCGAGAACGAGUACGACAUUCGCUUUCCGCCUCCUCCUCCUCGAAGAGAUGUGUCCCUGAGGGCCAUCGGCUGUGGCUCCACCAUGGAUGACGAUGACGGUUUCGGUAAUGCUGAUGUAAUCGCCCAGACGACCAUCAUUCUCAAUGAAAGCACGCCUGGGAGUCCGGGCAAUAUUAUUGUGCGUCGGGGCAACAGCAUUACCAACUUGGCCGAAAUUCCUCUACAAGGUAGUUCUACGGUCCAACAGUAUCAGGUACAGCCGGAUGCCGCCGCGAUCCAACAUUUCCACCAAGCCACGACUUCGCCACAGCCGUCGACGACCGUUAACGUGACAACCCGUAUCCGAGACCUUACCUCUCAGGUGAUGCGAGAAUCUGAGAACGUGAACCGCGCAACCCAGCGUCUCCGCAGGCAGAGGCCCGCGCCACCACUCAAUCGAGUUUAUUCCGCGGAAAGUAAAUUGUGGAAUCUGAUGUCGUUGGAAAACAAGCUUGCCAACGAAAUCGCCAACUACAGGGCGUCGGGAAGGGUCAGAGAUCCCGAGUUUCUCAACGCUCUAACUCAGACGGAAGAAAAAUUGCGCCGGCUGAUGAGUGCCGAAAACAGUGCCGCACAAGACAUUCGCCGCAUCAAGAAAGAGAGCUUCAAGCAGGAAACCUACAAGCUGAUGACGCCACGCAAUCGCUACAGCCCGCAGUCUUCGAUCAGCACCUCCAUGUCAUCCUACACGCCUCCAAAGUCGCCAAGCGUAUCUCAGCCGAUGGUUAUGAUGCCUCAACCACAAAUGAUGCCACUGAUGCAGACGGCUGGAGGCCCUCAAGGAGGCUUCAUGGCGAGCCCCAUGUACCCAGGGAUGCUGAGGGUCACCAUCGAUUCUCCCGAGUGCACGUGCAGCACGUCCAGCAGCGCCAGUUCUUCGUCGGAAUCGCUUCCCAAGCGGAUAGCACCGAGGGAAGAGACCAAGAUCGUGGUUGAAAUCCCUAAACCUCCUGCGGUCCCGCCUCCACCUCCUCCUCCGCCGCCG